CGCUCGCGAACGCAUCUCGCCGACCCCGCCCGCACCCUGCAGCUCCAUCCUCUCCCCGCUCAAGCCUCGCCGUCGAUGCAGUCCGAACUGACUCCUGAGCAGCGGCUCAAGAUCGCCCUGGAUUUUUUGAAGCAGUCGCCUCCCGGCGAGUUCCUCAGCGUCUACAACGACAUCAAGAUUCUGCUGGACGAUGAUGCCCUCUUGGAUCAGCAUGUCCGCCAAGCACUCGAGGAGUACAGCACCGAGCAAUUUGUCGCCAUUCCUCUCCCGGAUAACUCUCGCAGGGUCGUCAUCAGCUCCUUUGGCCGAAUCGAGCCUGGCCGAUUUGUCGAUCCCAAAGGCCACCAGUCGUUUACAUUUGAUCCUCUGGAUAUGAUCAUCACGGACGUCCAGCCCCAUGCGCCCAAGGAAGAGUCCGAGGAGGCCCGCAAAGCGCUGGAAAACGCCGUCGAAAAGUACAUUGCCCAGCACUUUGCCUCAGGCAUUUCUGCUGUUUACGCCAACGAGGACGAGUCCUUCACUAUCGUCAUAUCUGCCUCCAAGUUUAAUCCCGACAACUUCUGGAACGGCCGAUGGCGCUCGUCGUGGACCGUCUCUCCCUCAUCGACCGAGAUUACGGGCACCGUCAAGGUGCAUGUCCACUACUACGAGGACGGAAACGUUCAGCUGAACAACAAAAAGGAGAUUUCGGCGACGAUGGCCGAGAAGAAGGAGCUCGCUGCCUUUGCCGCCGAGGUUGUCCAAGUCAUCAAGAAGCACGAUGCUGACUUCCAGAACGGGCUGAACGAGAGCUACAGCCAGCUCUCUGAGAACGCUUUCAAGUCUCUACGACGCAACCUCCCCAUCACCCGCAACAAGAUGGAUUGGAACAAGGUCGCCAACUACAAACUCGGCUCGGAGCUGUCCUCGAAAUAAGUCCACAAUGCCCACGCAUCCAUCGUGGCUGGGUGCAUCAAGCACACCGGACAUCGCUCUGCUUGGGCACCAUUGCGGCGAUACAACUCGCGCUG